ACCGCAGCGGAGAAGGCGAAGGGAUGCGGGAGCGCGGCAAGGUCGCCGGCGGCAAGGAUGGCAGGUUCUGGGGACCGCCCGGCGCCGCUGUCGGGCAGCGUUACCGAGACGGCGUGAAGGCUCAAAUUGAAGGCGCGCGCACGGGGCAUGUCGCUCUUGCCCCGCCGAGGCGCCGACCGCGUGGAGACGUCAGACGUGUGAGUGGCCGGCCGGCCGGCGGGCGGCCCACGCCACUCGACUCGCCUUCCCACGCUUUCCCUUCCCGCGCGCGUCUUCGCCAGAGACAGUGCCUGGCAAGAUCAAGAAACAAAGCAAGAACUCGAAUCAGGACAGAGGGAAGGAAUUCGAAUGUAAAUCUGAACCGUCCACUGAUCCAUUCCACGCUCCCAAACAGACUGACCGCCAAGAGACCUUAGAAUAAAGAAUUCAGGCAGAUGCAGUAGGAUUUUACUCUUCUAGAUAGUUCAUAGGAGCAAACCUCACAAACCCCAGGCCGUUCCUUAGAACAAAUCUAGCUAGUUUGGCAGGCAAAGGAAUCUUCUUCGGUUACACUCCAUGAAGCCAAGAAAAAAGUGACUUUUUUUCUGUGGAGGAAAGUAAGAGGAAGAAUUAUCCAAUAGGCAGCAACAAGUGAUGAAGAGCUUAGGAUUCGUGUUGGUACUGGUGGUGGCUGCAGCAUUGAUCAAGCCGUCAGGAGGAGUAGGGGAGGAGGACUGGGAGCGUUUCUUGAUGCAGUGGAGGCAGCAUCCUUCUUCUCCAUGGCCUCUUCUGAAUGGGGAUCUGGUGGACAAAAUAUGGUCAAUUUGCUUACGAGACAGGGUUGGUGCAGAGGAAAUAUUGGGCAAUGUACUGUCAUUUGCUUCAGUUGAACUAUCGAGUCGUUCCUCGGAGAAUGCUUUGAAGACAAUGUUGUUUCUGGAGCUCCUAGCUCUUCUCCCCCCUGAAAAAUCUUCUAUUACCUGUGAUUGUAUCCGUGCAAACUACUUCAGUUUGGGUAUUCCACAAAAAUUCAGUGUUGCACUGGGCACCUAUCUUGAGAGCCACCAUUCAUUGGUUCGUUCAAAAUUCUAUCCGAGACGGCAUUUGGCUGAUCAAUCGACUGGUGAUGCUCCUUCCAUGGCUCCAGUUUUUGUGCCAGCGAUGCCCUCUGGUGAUGAAGCCCAGUUUCCCCAAUCUGUGACAGAAACGUCAAUUACACCUUCCAAUUCUCUGAGCAUUGAACCUCCCAGUCAACUUUAUCACGGUAAACCUGCACAGAAGCAUUGGGGAGUGUCUCCUUCAGUUUCACCUUCAGAGAAGCACAAGGACUACAUAAAAUUAGUCUUGAUUGCUGUUCUCCUGACGGCGGCAGUCUCAUUCAUUGUUGCAUUUCUAAUUUUUUACUGCUGUGGAUGCAACAAAAGCAAGGUCUCUGUCGGUGAACAACGAGAUGACCAUCCUCUUCUUCAUUUGCAAUUGGCUAAUGUGCCUGGUUUGUCACCCGAUGCUCGCGUUCCUGCCAGUCCACUUCACAAGGAUGAUCAAAGGGGUGGGCCUUCCAAAGCUGGAGUCAGCAUGAGUCAGUGCUUUUCAUGCUGUUUUAAAAGAUCUACUGAUGCCACACCACCUUCACAAGUGACUCGAGGAACACCAGAGAGCAAUGCCACAAGUGAUGCUCCUAAACUAAUGCUGCCUCCGCCACCUCCACCUUUGCCACCUAAGGCUCCUCCACCCCCACCUGGACCACCCAAAGGUUCCAAAGCAAGACUUGCUCAGCUGUCACCUGUUGAGUCAAGUCGUUCUGAAGGAUCAUCUGCAGGCGAGCAGGCCAGUGAAUCAUCUGAAACUGAAGUUAAUCCUCCUAGAGGCAAGCUUCGACCUUUCUAUUGGGACAAAGUUCUUGCUAAUCCUAAUCAGUCAAUGGCAUGGCAUGACAUCAAAUUUGGUUCUUUUCAUGUGAAUGAGGAUAUGAUAGAGGAAUUGUUUGGUUAUAGCGCUGGCAACAGAAAUAACCUCAAGGACAAGGAACUACCCUCUGAAGAUCCUUCAUCUCAGCACAUUUCUCUUCUCAAUGUUAAGAAAUCAUGCAACCUGGCAAUUGUUUUUAAGGCAAUGAAUGUCAUGGUACAAGAGAUUCAUGAUGCCCUCAUUGAAGGGAAUGAACUUCCUAGGGUGCUUCUUGAGACAAUCUUGAGAAUGAAGCCAACUGAUGAGGAGGAGCAGAAGCUCAGGCUUUAUGACGGGGACUUCUCCAAACUCGGCCUCGCAGAACAAGUGAUGAAGGCACUACUUGACAUACCUUUUGCUUUCAAGAGGAUCAGCACUUUGCUUUUCAUAUCCUCCUUGCAAGAAGAUGCCUCAAGUCUCAGGGAUUCAUUCCUCCAAUUGGAGGCUGCUUGUGGGGAACUAAAGCACCGCCUUUUCCUGAAGUUACUAGAAGCUGUUCUCAAAACCGGGAACCGUUUGAAUGAUGGGACCUUCCGCGGUGGUGCUAAUGCAUUCAAACUUGACACCCUUCUUAAGUUAUCGGAUGUCAAGGGUGCCGAUGGAAAGACCACAUUGCUGCACUUUGUUGUUCAAGAGAUUAUUCAUUCUGAAGGUGUCCGCGAAGCAAGGGUGGCCAUGGAAAGUGGGAGAAGUCCACCUCCUAGUACUUCCGAUGGCAAUUCCAAUGAAUCUCCUCAAGAGAGUGGUGAUCACUACUCCCAUCGCGGCCUUAAGAUUGUUUCAGGACUUAGUAAUGAGUUGGACAAUGUCAAGAGAGUAGCUGCACUUGAUGCUGAAGCUUUGUCUGCCAGUGUGGUGAACCUCAGACAUGAGCUGAUGAAAGCUAAAGAGGUCCUGAAUGAAAUUGCAACGCUAGAAGAGACAAGUGGAUUUCGCCACUCAUUGGAAUGUUUUGUAGAACAUGCGGAGAAAGAGACAAAUUUUCUACUGAAAGAAGAGAAGAGAUUGAGAUCAUUAGUAAAUAAAACAAUUCGAUAUUUCCAUGGAAAUGAUGCUAAAGAUGAUGGUUUUCAGUUGUUUGUGAUUGUAAGAGAUUUCUUGGUGAUGCUGGAUAAGGCAUGCAAGGAGGUUGGGGCAUUACAAAAGAAGGUGACGAAUAAAUCUCAAGGCAAUGGCAAUUGCAACCCAACAUCCCAGUCACACCCCCAGGAGCAACAGUUCCCUGCUGUUUUAGAGGACCAUUUAGAUGGUUCAGACUAAUGAUUGACAAAUGACAAUAAUAUACUGUACUCUUAAACGUAUUAUUCCAGAUGUUUUUAUUUUUUCUGGAAAUACUGUAGAAAACCCCAUGCACAGCAAAUAUAUUAGCAUAGAUACAGAUAUCACAUACAUAUCUAGAUUGAUUUGUGUG